GAGCGACCGACUCGACCCAUCCCUUACGACCUAACAAGCCUGCUCUCAAAAUGAUUCAUUCUAUAAAAUGAUAAAUUCGCGUUUCGUGACUGACGUGGUGUACGCGCGCGAUAAACUGCUCGAGUGAUUGAAGUUUGCUAUUAGUGAUUUAUAGAAAAAUGCAUCUUCAUUUCGAAAGGAACGUAAAUGCAAAAUGCGACUGCACGAUACUAUCGCUGUCGUGGAUGGGCAAAGUUCCCGAUGAGCUGCCUGAGGAAGAAGGAUGGAAGCUGAAUCGUAAUAACUAUUACCAAGAGGGGUGGCUAGCGACUGGCAAUGUGCGCGGAGUGGUUGGCGUCACAUUCACGUCAUCGCACGCACGCCGUCCGCAUGAACUGCCACUGCGCACUAAUUACAACUUGCGCGGACAUCGCUCUGAUGUGAUCCUGGUAAAAUGGAACGAGCCGUAUCAGAAAUUGGCAUCGUGUGACAGUUCAGGCGUUAUCUUCGUGUGGAUAAAGUACGAAGGCCGGUGGAGUAUCGAGCUGAUCAACGACCGCAGUACACCUGUCACCCACUUCUCUUGGUCACAUGAUGGAAGGAUGGCUUUGAUAUGCUAUCAGGACGGAUUCGUGCUCGUUGGAUCUGUAGCUGGUCAAAGAUACUGGUCAUCGAUGCUCUCGCUUGACGCUCGUAUCACAUGCGGCUGUUGGACCCCGGACGAUAGCCAGGUCUACCUCGGAACUGCAUCCGCUCAGCUUGUUGUAAUGGAUGUCCACGGUGCUAUGGUGUCGCAGGUGCAAUUGGUUGCUGAAGGCGGUAUAAUAUCUAUGGCGUGGUCGUGCGAAAAGUUCAAAAUGGAAGAGGGUGAAGAAAUCGGCGAGAACAACGGGGGUCACGUACUAGCCGUUGCUCUGGGCAACGGGGAAAUUGUACUUUUGCGUGGGCAUGAUGAUGUUAGCCCGUUUCGUAUUCACACUGGCCUAAGAGGCAACACGCUGGCAAUGGAGUGGGCCAAUUCUCGGGAAUUACUCGCUGUGGCUGGAACUCUUAUUGCUGAGCCAAACGAGCCCGAGGACGAACCGCCUUUUAAGAACGUCGUAAAAUUCUACUCCGACACGGGGGCACUAAUUUACACUGUUCCCAUUCCAUACACACAAGCUAGAGUAACAGCACUGACAUGGGGCCACGCAGCGCGUCGGCUGUUCGUGGGCGCGGGCGGCGCGGUAUGCACGGCGCGCGUGUGGCGCGUCGUGGCGCCUUUGCAGCUACUGGCACGCGUGAGGGCUGCAUCCGCUUUGAGACACCCGCGAUUGGCUGCAAAGUUACCUUUGCCGCCUCGCCUCCAGCCAGCGCUGGCCAGUCUCUUUGCGCAUACUAUACGAUGUAACGUUCCCGAAGCAAAUGAGCUUCGUCGCUUCGUGUCACGACCACCAGCGGCAGGGGGACGAUUGCAUUGUACAAUGUUACGUCAUGACGACGAGGAGGCGGGCGCCUACACGCUGUACUUGGAGCAUCUCGGUGGACUCGUCCCGUUGCUCAAAGGACGAAGAACGAGUAAAAUCAGACCUGAGUUCGUCAUAUUUGACCCGCAAGGAGAAGAAGGAGUAACUGGCUGUCUGCGUGAGUCGAGUAGCAGCAGCAGCGGUGCCGGCAGCGCGUCUAGCAGUAGUGGUAGUGGUGGAAGCAUCGGAGGUGGCAUCUCGUCUCCCCGCCCGCCACGCACGCCCCGUGCUCCCCGUCGGGCUCCUCGUCAGCCAUUGCCGCAAGAGGAUUCUUGUUCCUCAGAUACUGAGAGGGAGGAUGGGUGUUCAGGAUCUCCAAGAUUACAAAGACGAAGGCGGGCUCGCGAACGACGAAAAACUCGCAACGCAACUGAUAAAGAUGAAACUCCUGAUGAAUUAGCAUAUAUAGACUCCUUACCCGAGGAUGUACGACUAGUGGAGGUGACUUCUAAUAUUUGGGGAACAAAAUUCAAAAUGCAUGGCUUAGCCAAGAAUGUUCCAGCGAAUCUCGGUCAAGUGACAUAUAAAACCUCUUUACUGCAUCUUCAACCACGACAAAUGACUUUAAUGAUAACAGAACUGAGGGACGAUUAUCCAAUUGGCCCAGAUCCUAAUUUUAAUCCAAAUAUAUUUUCGGAGGAUGAAGAGGAUGUAUUUCAACCUAGCGAAGUAAAUUCUCCAUCUCAUAUGAAUAAUAAUAUCAGAAAAAAAUUCAAUCCAGUUAUUGUAACCGAUAGAAUGACCAAUACAAAUAACAUAAUUAAUCAAUCUGAAAUUUAUUCGCCCAAUAACAAUACUUCAAACCCGGCUUUAGCUCGGGCUGAGUCUUAUGACGAAUUUCCGUAUAUAGACACAAAUGAUACUAUGAAUAACAUACCUGAAAAUGUUUACAACGCGAACUCUGUGCGACAUUCAGCGCAGAAUUCCGAAAAACGUGUAAGCAAUGCGUCUGCUGUGACCAACCGGCACGCAAUUUCACCAUUAAGAUGUGAAAGUUCUGUUCCUACUCUUCAAUCACCUAAAAAUGCAGUAGCACCAACAGAUAUUAUAUUCGAAAGGCCCUCACCACAAACAGUGACUUGCGGCGGGCGGGGUGACUUCUGUGGAGGUCGAACAGAUUAUAGUGUAAGAGAUAACACAUCUCUAAAAGGAAACCUAUCAAAUAUCGAUCAACAACCAUUUAGCUUAAAUCUUAGCUUAGAACCUAGUAGACAAGUGAUAAUCAAAAAGUGUGACAACCACGUCUCUGACAAUUGUCUUUCUAAACUAAGAAAGAACAUUUGUAGCAGAGGUGAAACAUCAUACGAAGUGAACGCAAGAAUUUUGAAAUCAUUAUGUAACAAAAAUUACGAGCACGAAGUGCAUCCCGAUGCAAUGAACAAACGCACAGAUACGAUUAAGAAUUUACAAAAGGGAGAAGAUCUCAAAUACAUCGACGAGGAAACACCAGUCGACACGAAUAUCAACAAUUUGACGGACAAAGUUCGAGAAAGCAGAGUCCAAAGGACAACUACAGUAGUUCCUAUAAGUCCUGUAUGUACCAGUUUGCCAGUAUAUGAUACGAUGACGCGGAGCUGCAGCGUCGGUUAUUUGGAUCUCGUUGACCCACAAGUUUUACACGCACAAGUCAGUCUGACCGCUUUACGCGGAGAACCACCGCGACGUCUCAUACUAGUCAAUAAUAAGAGACAACGACGUCCAAGAAGAUAUUUUAAAGCCAGUGACAUGAAACAGAUAGAAAAUUUAAGAACUCCAAGUUUAAGAAAGUGUGGCAAGUCAAAGAGUCUCGACUCUGGGGAGUUAUCAAUAACCGCGGAAAAGGGAAAAAAACAAACGAAGGCUGACUUGAACGUGAAGGCUGACGUUUCCGCCAAUUCAAGCAGUAGAUGUAAUAGCACAGGGGAGGACAACAGUGGGACGAGCACGGAGGAAGGGCGAGGACGAAGAGAGCGACGAGAGCGCCCCGCUUGCUCCGCGUGCCGACUGCUGGCGCCCAGCGAGCGCCGCGAGUCCGACGCGCCCUACGUGUGCGCGGUGUGCAGCGCGUGCGCGUCCCCCGCACCCCGUGCGCCUCCCGCCGCGCUCACCGACAGUGACUCCGAUUACAGCAAGUAUUAUAGUUCACUAGAGCAGCUGGCGCUCCGCCUGUUGGCGUCUCGUUCGUCACAGCGGGCAGGCGGCGCGGCCGCGGCGGGCGUGUCCCGGGAGAGCAGCUCGGCGCCCGCGUCACCGCGCCCGGCGCGCUCUACCGCCUCGCCCGCUCCCGCGUCGCCAGCGCCGCGCACCUCGCGACGGCAACGCUACUCGUCCGCUUCUCCCAUUAGGCAACUUUUGAACUCGCCUCUCCUUAACAGAAGAAGAAAUAAGAAACUUUCUGAGAGCUCGGACGAUGAGUACUCCAAUGGCUACAAUGAGGUCAAUAGUAAGAAUUACAGAGAUCUUGAGAGCUUUCAAAAAGCACAACUUAGAAAUAAGCUCAAACGCGCUGGUGGAAGUAUAAAUGUUGCGACGUCUUCAAGUGCCCCGGAAAAUCGCAGCAGCAAUCGACGUCAGCUCGUCAUGCACAACAAGGCGCCAAUGUGGAACGAGAACAGUCAGGUCUACCAGCUGGACUUCGGAGGACGUGUAACUCAAGAAUCCGCAAAGAAUUUCCAAAUCGAGUAUCAUGGCAAACAAGUAAUGCAGUUCGGCCGCAUUGAUGGCAACGCAUAUACACUAGACUUCCAGUAUCCAUUCUCGGCGCUGCAAGCUUUUGCUGUUGCUUUAGCGAACGUAACACAAAGACUGAAAUGAGCACUCGCCGUCAGUUACAGCAAGCGGUUACGAUCCUAUGGUUUUUAUAAUCGUUGCGGUGCGUAAAUUAUUUUUAACAAAAGCGCGGCUGUACACACGUGGACAAUAGAACGGACUCCAUUUUGUGUAGUGAUCGUGUCCAAUUCGUUUUGACUUUGUCCAAUUUUUAUAUAAUUUAAUCUAAUUCUUGUAUGCUCUUGAAACAAUAUAUGUAAAAAUACAAUUCUAUUAAAAUUUUUGAUUUUAUAUCAAAAGUACUGAUUGUAAAAUAUUCCACUAUAGUAGGCUAAGUUGAUGGCGAUGAAAAAAGGAGUCGUUACUCCUUUCAUCCCAGACUGUACAUUAACUAAUACCUUAGCUCAUAUCUAGUUAAUGAUUGAUAGCUUACUGCGCAUUUAGAUCUUUGGUCUAUGAGAAAAAUCAACCAAAUAUUUUUACACUUACCUAGAUAGCUGCGUAAAGUUACAUUAUAGUGUCACGGCGAAAUUAUAAAUAAAAUUCGUCAACGAGACUAUCCACUGAGAAGAAUCGUAUCUCAUUUCCAAAAAUAGACCAGUGACUUGACGUAAUAAUUAUGAAAUUAAAGGAUCACUAGCCUAGUUAGUUAGUAACAUUUUAAUGUUGUUACUCAUUUUUCAUGUGGCCUUUCCUUAUUUUGUUAAGGUAGUGUAAUAUUAAACUAACAAUAGAAUCCACAAAUUGUUGUAUUAGAAUUUUAUCAUGCACUUGACAUGAAUUCAAUGUUGUUUUAUAUGUUGUUGCACCAAAAUAAAUUCAUAUACUAUGUACUAUGUUUAUUGUUUAUGUAAAUAGACUCGAUUUUAUAUUUUAAAUUGUAUUGAUUUUACUGAGAAAUUAUUUAUUUAACACUUUGGGCCUAGAAAAUAAGACACCUUCGAUACCUUACUUGUAAUGUUAAGAACAAUGAAAUUUCCCUCUUCAUCAAUAUGAUCGUUAAUAUUUUAAAUAAUUGUCCACUUAUGCUAGUAUUAUAGGAUGUCGGGGGAUUACAAUGUUGUAUAUUUACGUCGUUGUUGUGUUAUAAAUUGUCGUUUAAUAUUCAUAAUUCAAUUCUUAGUAUUAUGUGUCCGAUGUAAGCAUAUUAUAUCAGUAGAUGAUAAAAUAAACAUAACAUCUGUAAUGUACAUACAUUAUAAGUUAUGGGAGUUUUAUUUAAAUCGAUCUCAAAUUAUUACUAUGAACAAUUUUAUACUUAAAAAUAUUUCAUAAAGAACAGGGAUUGAGAUGAUGCGUAUUUAAGGCACUGCUGUUUGAAAGAAUUGUAGAAAAAUAUUUUUUUGUGUGAUUAA